AUGAAUAGAACGUAUAGAAAUGUAGUGAACCGGCUUAGCCCAACCUCUCAAUUCCCUCCCUUGAAAUCAUCCAUUGAAUCGCUCUGUAAUGCCAAAAGGCUUACGGAAGCUCUAAGGCUUGCUUUUAACAACCCCAUUGAAGCAGAUUAUACUAUUUACUCAAAUAUAAUUCAGCUUUGCAUUGACCUAAAGGCUCAUAAGCAGGGUCAUUUGGUUCACUCCCAUCUUAUAACUAUUGGGUUUCCCUCAAAUGUUCAUUUGGGAACCAAGUUGAUCAUUUUCUACACAAUGUCUGGUGACAUGGUGUCCGCCCGCAAGAUAUUUGAUAAAUUGCCCGAAAGGAAUGUGGUUUCAUGGACUGCACUUUUAUCUGGGUACUCUCAGAAUGGGGAUUCACAAGAAGCCCUUAAUGUGUUUGUUGCUAUGCGUAGGGAAGGGGUGAGGGCAAAUCAGUUUACUUAUGGAAGUGUUUUGAGGGCAUGCACUAGUGUGUCAUGUAUAAAUUUAGGAAAACAAAUACAAGGGUGCAUUCAGAAGAGCAGGUUUGUGGGUAAUUUAUAUGUACAGAGUGCGUUGGUUAAUUUUAAUUCUAAGUGCGGAGAAAUGGAGGAUGCUUUUUGUGUUUUUGAGUCAAUGGCAGAGAGGGAUUUGAUUUCUUGGAAUGUCAUGAUUUCUGGAUAUGCUUUUCGAGUUUAUAACAUUGAUGCAUUUCUGCUGUUCCGUUGGAUGUUCAGACAAGUUCUUGAAGGAAAAAUGGAGUGUUCCAAGAAGUUUGUUAUGGUUUUCACCAUUUGCUUAAUGGUUCUUUUAGCUUUUGGAAAUGCUGGAGUGUUGGCUGCAGAAGCACCAGCACCUUCACCUACUAUGGAGAGUGCUGGAGUUACUUUGUUUGUUCCUCUUCUAAUGGCUGUCAUUGCUUCAAUGGCUGCCGUCUUUUUCUGA